AUGGCCGAUGUCGACGAGGUUAUCAAACAUGCGAAAAAGUCGAUUGCCGCCGAGCCAACAAACGUCGGAUACUUAAAACAACUUGGCAACCUUCUAAAUGACAGACAUGUUAGCACUGGCAUGCUGGCGGAUCUUGAUGCGUCUAUUCUUACGACCAAGCAAGCUAUCGGUGCGAUAAUAAACGACGAUAUCGAUUUGGCAGACUGCUUGAACACCCUCAGUUACCGGCUCCAAGACAGAUUUCUAAUCACGGAAGAUAACACAGACCUUGAAGAGGCUAUACGAAUGGCACAAAAGGCAGUUGAACUAACGACUACGACACGGUCUGGAAAUGCGAGAUAUUUAAGUAAUCUCGCCGCGUCAUUAAAGAUGAGGUUCUCGGUUACGGGAGAGGCAAGGGACAUGGAAGAUGGUAUUAUCCUGGCAAAAAAGGCCGUUUCUGUGACGAAAAGCAGUGACCUGGAACUACCCAAGUGGCUAAAUAAUCUUGGCAAUCAUCUCAGCAACAGAUACUUGGUCACAGAUUCCAUGGAGGACUUGGAAGAAGCAGUCAGGUUGAACCGGCAUGCAGUUGCCACGACAUCUGACAUCAAAAUGCAAGCCCUCUUCUUGAACAACUUGUCAGCCAAGUUGGAUCUCAAGGCUGAAGUCACUGGUAAUUCGAACACAUACGAGGAGGCGAUCGAAGUUGCAAAAAAGGCCCUCGCCCUGACUCCAGAUGGGCAUCCAGACCAAGCAAAAUGGUUAAAUAACCUCGCGACUCAUCUGAUAGAAAAGUUCGACAGAUCGUGGGACUUGAGCGACUUGCAAGAUGCCAUCAAUGCUGCAAGUAAGGCUUCAGAUCUGACGCCAAACGGGCCUACCAAGGCUCGAUAUCUCGAAGUCGUCGCAGGUAGCUUGAAUCGCAAAUACGAAAAGAUGGGCCUGUUGACAGAUCUGAAAGAAGCUAUUCGCUUGACUGAAAUGGCUCUUGAAAUGCUUCCCACUCACCAUUCAAAAAGGCCACAAGUCGCCUCCACCCUUUCGGAUCUUCUUAGCAACAAAUACCUGCGAAAUGACAUGAUCGCCGACUUGGAUAGAGCGAUAGAACUGUCCAGAGAGUCUGCUAAUGCAAAUUCCGAUCACCACCCCUCCAAAGCGAUAUAUCUCGACAGGCUUGCAAUGCAACUGAACCUCAGAUCGACAAGAUCUCGGACAGACCCUCACUUUUGGAAGGAUUUGGAAGAGUCCAUACAACUGGAGAGAAUGGCAAUUGCCAUCGCAGACAAAAAUCGCCCAACCUGGUCUUUCAAGAAUAACCUACAGUCUAUGCUCAUCAUAAAGUAUGACCUGACAAAAGAAAAACCAAUACUAGUUGAAUGUACUCGACUGCAGAGAGAAGCACUCGAUGAAAUUCCACAAGACCAUCAAUACCGGUCGGAAAUGCUCAACACCCUAGGUUAUCGUCUUAGAGACGCAGCAAAGAACGACAAAGACCUUGGUCUGGCUUCAGAAUGUUUUCUUGAGGCGUUGCAGAACACAAAUGCCCCUACGAUAACCCGAGUGAGAGCUGGCUCGGCUCUCCUACAAUGCUGUCCCGAUAAACAAAAAGCUUACCAAGCUGCCCAAGUCAUCAUGGGUCUUUUACAUCAAUUGAUCACGAGAUCGCACGAGACCUCGGAUAAACAGCACGCUGCGGGCUCCAGAGCUGGUAUGACUUGUAGUGCUGCUGCAGCAGCAUUGCAAGCAGGUAGGCCACUCUUUGAGGCACUAAAGGUACUUGAGCUGGGGCGCGGUGUGCUUGCAAAGUACAGCGAGGAGAUGUUGUUUGAUCCCGUAAAAUUAGGUCUUCUAUCACCUGAACAAGCCAAGGCUUAUAGCCACCUUCGCGAUGAAUUGCAGUAUUCGAACACUUUCUAUCAAGGAUGCUCUCUUGAGAGUCAUAUUUCUCAGCUGAAUAAGCGUCAUAGUGCGGCAACAGAACUGGACGAGUUGAUCGUUGAGAUUCGAAAGUUGCCUGGAUUUGAUGAUCUCUGGACCGCACCGACAGAGGCAGAAAUAUUUGAGGCUGCUAAGUAUGGUCCAGUUGUCGUCAUCAAUAUUAGCGAUGGCCGAUGCGAUGCGAUUAUUAUCAACAAAGAUCAAAUGCGAUCUUUGGCUCUUCGCAAUAUUACAAACGAACUACAUCAAUUUGCUCGUAAGGGUGAUUUUGGUAGCUCAAAGAUACUAGAAUGGAUGUGGGAUAAUAUCACUAAGCCAAUAUUGGACGCUCUUGGCUAUUCUCAACCUCCUGGUGAGGGUGCAUGGCCUCACGUAUGGUGGAUACCUACAGACUUGUUGACUCUUUUCCCCCUACACGCUGCAGGGUAUCACCGACGAGAGUCGUUUGAAACAGUCAUUGAUAGGGUUGUUUCAUCUUACGCUUCGUCCAUCAGGGCUAUCAUACGUGGUCGUCAGAAUGAGAUUUCAAUACGGUCAACUGGCACGAGUCUACCACGAGCGAUGCUGGUAGGCAUGCAAUACACUCCAGAAUGUGGACCAUUGCCCUUUGCAAACAAGGAAGUAGAGAUUGUUCAGGAUCUAUGCAAGUCACUAGGUCUAGAGACUGUUCGGCCUAGUCCACGGAAAGAAGAUGUCUCUGAGGGAUUGUUAGACUGCAAAGUAUUUCACUUCGCAGGUCAUGGCGCCACCGAUGAGGAAGACCCCUCCAACAGUCAUUCACUCUUGGAAGACUGGAAAGAAGACCGAUUUUGCGUCGCUGACUUGCAACGAAUGAACCUAAGCGAACACGCACCAUUUCUCGCGUAUCUAUCUGCCUGUGGCACUGGACAGAUGAAGCGAUAUAACCUGGUCGAUGAGAGCAUCCAUUUGAUCAGCGCUUAUCAGUUGGCUGGCUUUCGUCAUGUCAUCGCUAGGGCCACGUAUGAGAGCAUGAUCGAUUCAGGGCUGAGUGAUCAAGGUGUCAGUUGGGGGUUGCACAGGGCUACUAGAAAGCUUCGCGACAAAUGGGUCAAGAGGCAGAAACAAGAUGGGAGCUUGUCGGAAAGAGCAGUUCGGGUCUUGAGAAAUGACAACAGUAAUGUUACUUCGGACAGAAAAUGCUGCAAGGAUGAGAGUGGGAGAGAUAUCGUGAUGAUAGAAGACGAUGAACCUGAAGUUGGCGAGCAGUUACAGUGGGCACCUUAUGUUCAUUUUGGGGUAUAA